AUGGCCGCUUCAUUCACCCGCCUCGCGGGCAAUGCGCCCAAAAGGCUCUGCCUCCGCCCCUCCAAUGUCCUGAACACAUCUGUGCCUCGCUCCCGCUCAAUUGCGACCACACUCCCUCGCCAGCAGGCUGAGGCGACUAGCUAUCAGGCUACACGACUCAUUCCGACUGACCCGAUGUUCACUCAUCUUGCCAACAAGCCCGCUACCUCACCCCCGGACGAGCCCGCUGGCCUUGAAUCCGAAGCUAAGAGCUUGAAGGGUCGCAAGAUUCGCCACUACACCGUCAACUUCGGUCCUCAGCAUCCUGCUGCUCACGGUGUGCUUCGUCUGAUUCUGGAGCUGAACGGCGAGGAGAUUGUUCGCGCCGAUCCCCACGUCGGUUUGCUGCACCGAGGAACCGAGAAGUUGAUCGAGUACAAGACCUAUAUGCAGGCCCUGCCUUACUUUGAUCGUCUUGACUACGUUUCCAUGAUGACCAACGAGCAGUGCUUUUCACUCGCCGUUGAGAAGCUGCUGAACGUUGAGAUCCCUGAUCGUGCCAAGUGGAUUCGGACCCUGUUCGGCGAGAUUACCCGUAUCCUUAACCACCUGAUGUCCGUUCUAUCCCACGCAAUGGAUGUUGGUGCCCUGACUCCCUUCCUGUGGGGUUUCGAAGAGCGUGAGAAGCUCAUGGAGUUCUACGAACGUGUUUCCGGUGCCCGUCUCCACGCCGCCUACGUCCGCCCCGGUGGUGUCUCUCAAGAUAUUCCCCUCGGCCUGCUCGACGAUAUUUACCAGUGGGCCACCCAGUUCGGUGACCGUAUCGAUGAGACCGAGGAACUUCUCACAGACAACCGUAUCUGGAAGCAGCGUACCCAGGGUGUCGGUGUUGUCAACGCUCGCGAUGCUCUCAACAUGAGCUUCACUGGUGUCAUGCUCCGUGGUUCAGGUGUGCCGUGGGAUAUUCGUAAGUCCCAGCCUUACGAUGCCUAUGACCAGGUUGAGUUCGAUGUCCCCGUUGGUGUCAACGGUGACUGCUACGACCGUUACCUCUGCCGUAUGGAGGAGUUCCGUCAGUCCCUUCGCAUUAUCCACCAAUGUUUGAACAAGAUGCCCGAAGGCCCCGAGAACAUGGAGGCUCUGAUCCACCACUUCCUGCUCUUCACCAAGGGUUACUCUGUGCCCCCUGGCGAGACUUACUCCGCCAUUGAGGCCCCUAAGGGUGAGAUGGGUGUUUUCCUGGUCAGUGAUGGCAGCGAGCGCCCUUAUCGCUGCAAGAUCCGUGCUCCUGGCUUCGCCCACCUGGGUGGUUUCGACCAAGUCUCCCGUGGUCAUCUUCUGGCUGAUGCCGUCGCUAUUAUCGGUACCAUGGAUCUGGUGUUCGGUGAAGUCGACCGGUAA